GGCGUCCUCCAAUCAGAGAGCGCUCCUGAGGCCACGCCCCUCCCGGUAGUUCUCUCCGCGACGCCAGCCUUAAAGGGGCCGCGCUGUGUUGUUGGGCAGGGGGUGACAACUGCGUGACAACCACCAGCCCAGCGAUGGCGAGACCCGGCCACGCCAGGAACCCCCCGCCGCUGGAGGAGGACGAAGACGAGGACCCCGUGGACGCCAUGAUCGGGCGGACGGGCUGCCUGGCGCAGCACCGGGCGCUGCAGGAGUGCAUGGCGCAGCGGCAGGACUGGCGGCACUGCCAGGCCCAGCUCCGCGCCUUCGGCGAGUGCAUGGAGCGGCGCCAGCGGCCCCGCCAGCCGCCCCCCGCCCGCCACGAGCCCGCCGGCGACUGAAAUCCAUGGGCGCGCCGCCAUUGGCGCCCCUGCGCUGUUUGACCCAUUUUCUGUGAUAUUGUUUUUAAUAAUCCACGCUGAGUUGUUGGGAAAUUAAAUCUGGUGGUUUGUUA